UUAAUUGACCGUUAUAAAAGUACGCCGCUUUUUAGCACUUUUCAGCUUGCUUGCGCUUUAGAAAUGUGUUUUUCAGUAUAUGACUAUAAAAUUAUUUGGGCAUACUCAAGUGCAGUAAUUGAAAAAGUUUAAUUAAAAUAAGAAGAGUACGACUGUCUCAUGUAAGUUAUCAGUUCUUAGAAGCAGAUGAAAACAAAAAUCAUCAGAAUAGUGCUAAAGUAAGCAAAGCCUUUUCUAGUUUUGUGUGUGAUAGUCGUAGAGAACAGAUUUUGCUCGUGAAACUUGUAACAAGUGGACAAGUACAGAUUUUUCUCUAAAUUUUUUUCUUUUGUUUUGAUUGUGUGUCUUUAAACCUGCAGUCAAAAUGUCUUUAGACAAUCUAAGUGAUUCAGAAUUGCGUAAAAAACUCGUUGAACAUGGGUUUCCCGCCGGUCCGGUCACGCAUACAACAAGGAACAUUCUUAUCAAGAAGUUGAAAAAUCUGAUUGAAGCAAAAGGCAGUGGUGCGUCGAGACAUUCGCUUGCGGCAAGGUACAGCAGUGAUGAAACAGAUGAAGAUUCAUCGGUGGCUACAAACAGAAAAAAGAAGGCUACAGCAGCGAUAAGGAGACAAACAUUAGCAAAUCCAAUGCCUCCACCGUUGACGACGUCCGUAGUUUCCAGCAUAUCAAGCACAUCUAAAUCUCCAGUGAAAAAGAAAGAGAAAUCACGAAAUACCGAGUCGGCCGACUCUGAGUACGAUAAUCCAUCUGUCUCAACAAGUCGGAUUGUUAAAAAACCAGAGACACCGAAAGUAACAAAAACUUACAAAUUCACACCAAUAAAUGACGGAUUAGAGACAGGUUCCGAUUCAGAUAUGCCUGAAGAACCGGAGAAAGUCAUACAUACAGCUAAAUUUGGCGAUACUGGGAAAUCAUUCGAGCCUAGAAUUCAAAAUCAAAGUAUUCCAGAUCUUGGCUUAUCUACGAAAUCAUCCGCACAUGAAAUUAAAACAAAGCCAUUGUAUAUAGCAAAAGAUGAAAAGUUUUCUACUCCUCAAUUUAAAAACUCGAGUCCCAUCGUGUCCAACAGAGGAGACUUCACAAAAGAUUAUGGAAAUACAAGCACCAAUAAAAAUGACGUUCUCGCUAACUUCGAAACACCGUAUCUAUCGGAAUUCACCAGGAGACUGAGUUCGCGAACUUCUAUAAAUGUUCCUUCAGUUUCAAAAUUCUCUCCUAAAAGUCCGUAUCGCCAAACCAACACUACCCCAGAAGUUUCAGAAUCAGACACAAAUGGUCAUUAUUCUUCUUCAAGGCCCAUUUAUCCUUCAACUUCAAGAUACAUAACUUCAAUUAUGGACAGAUCUAGAGAAAUUGUUAAGAGAAAUGUUAAACCAACGGCAAAAACUAAGGACGAAAUGAGGAACAACCAAAAUAUCGUAUCUAUGAUUCUAGUAAUAGUGUUGGCCUUAUUUUUCGGAGUUUUAGCAAUUGUUUAUCUUGGUCUCGGCGGUAAAACUGAAACUGUCCCAUCACUUUCAGCUGAUAGCAACGUUCCUCUUUGCGUUUCGGACCUUCAAAAUCAAAAUCACCCAAAAGUGAAUUGUGUUCUAGAAGAAAAUCUUGGGAACGUAUUUGACUUACUUGAGAAACUACAGCAAAUGUUAAUGCAAAAAGCAGUGUCUUCAAUUUGUGAUGAUUCCGAAGUGAAACCUUAUCUUACUGACAAUGACAUCAUAAAAUUAUUUAAAAACCAAAAAGUGUCGGAAUUUGAAGUCAAGGAAGAUUUGUAUAAUGCGCAAAUAUUGAUAUUAUCAAAUCCAAAAUGGGGAAUGUCGCUUAUCGAAAUUGAUCUGGAAAAUAAAGGAAUUACUGAAAUUGUCGAUACAAUGGAGAAACUAUUUUCAGUUCGAGUGGCAGAAAAACUUGGAAUACAAAUUACAAAUCCCGCAUUACCGAUGCAGUGUCUCAUAAAAAGAAAAGUUUUCACUUUAUUUUCAUCAAUGCUUCUUAUUGCUUUUAGCGCAUUGCUUAUAAUCGGUGGUCACAAAGUGACAACAUGGUACAUGCAACAAAAAAAGAAGACAGAGAAGGAAGUUUUUCAACUUGUCAGUGAAAUUAUCAGUAUGGUGGAGAUUAAUCAUCAAAAUUCUGUAACAAGUAGUCCCGGCGGUACUCAAGAAAGUUACCUUGCUAUAAAUCACGUUCGAGAUAAUCUUAUACCACCGAAAAAUCGCAAAAAACUAGCUAGUACAUGGGAAAAGGCAGUUAAAUUUUUAGACGAGAACGAAUCAAGAAUUCGACGAGAAGUUCAACAAGUUGCAGGAGAAGAGUAUCAUGUUUGGCGGUGGUUGCCAAGUAGCAGUUUAAAUACUUCGAAUACUCAAAAUUCAAGUAUGCAGAAAAAAACGAAAGUAUGGCAAGGCCAGGCUUUUGAAACAAUGGAAGGGUCCGUGAACAGUCCGCUGAGUUCGCCUACACCUUGCCUCAAGAUAAGAAAUAUGUUCAAACAGGAUGGUGAAUUUGAGGACGACUGGGAGACAAAAGUUAAGGAUGCUAUUCUUGAAAAAUGCGGAGAAGGAGUUAAUAUUUUCCACAUCAACGUUGAUCGUGGUAGUCGGGAAGGUUGUGUUUACAUGAAGUGCAUGUCCAAAGAAGAUGCUGGAAAGGCGUAUAGAGCUUUGCAUGGUUGUUGGUACGAUGGACGUUUGGUCACAGUCAAAUAUUUAAGAUUAGAAAGAUAUCACGAACGAUUCCCAGAUGCCGUAUAUUUUACAACUCCGUUGAAGCCAAGUAAUAAUCAGCGACUCUCUUUGCAGUCGAAUUACUGGCAAACACCAAUGGAGGCAAAUUAAGUUUUAUUCUAAAGCAACAAGUACUUUUUCUUUAAUGGAUCAUAUGUUGGGUGCCAUAAGAUGAAUGUUUUAUUAAAAAAAAAAAAAACUUAUUACACAGAACAAUUACCUGACUAAGUGAAAAUAUUAUAACGUAAGUCUUUAUUUGUACUUGAAUCUAAAGAAUUGCGUGUUACUUACAAUUUUAUAACAGCAAUUAAUGAUAUGCUAAUGACAAAUGCUAAUCCUUUUUAGUUUUAUAAGGUAAAUAUUUACAAAUAUCAUUUUUUUUUCAUCAAUCCUUAUUCUUUUCUUAAUUUAUAAUAAGUGAAAAGUCAAAAAAUAACUGUUAUGUAAAGUUAAUAAGGCGUUGUAAAACAAAGACAAAUUUAAAUGAAUUUAAAUUUUCUGUGUUACUAUAUAUUUUCAUUUAGACAUUUGUUUUAAAAAAAAAAAAAUUUUGGUUCCUAGCACCAUUGAUUGUAUUUGACAGUAUUAAGUUGACAUGACUAAGCAUUCUGAAUGCUACAUUUGGUUUACUAUGGAUAAAGGUUAAAACUGAAAUUGUUCUUAAUUUGUUUUUAAUA